AUGCCGUUGGAUCCUAAGGCGAAAAUUGAUUUUCCAUUACAUUGGGCAGUCUUUGUCGAUGACUUGAAUGAGUUGAAAACCCUGGUUUUGGACAAAACAACCCUCGAAAUAGAUAAAAUCGAUCCACGCGGAAGGUAGACAUUUUUCCGGUGAUUCACAAUAAAAUCAAUAUUUCAGAUCACCCCUUAUGCUUGCUGUAACUCUUGGACGAGUUGAAUGUGCAAAAAUACUUCUGGAAAAUGGAGCCGACGCGAAUUCACACAAUAAACGUAAAAAUUUCAAGAAUUCCUUGUUUAUCCCAAUAAUUUCAGAAAUGUGGUCCGUGUCAAAUGAAUCUGUCUCACUUGGAAAUCCAGAUUUGAUCAGAGAUGUUAUUCAAUAUCGAGAUUAUCAAAAAGCAACACGCGGUUCUCGCGCGAUGAAAGAAACUUUAGAAAAGCUCAAAAAUGCUCCAGAUUUUUUCUGCGAAAUGAGCUGGGAUUUCUCGAGCUGGGUUCCAUUUCUAACCCAAGCAUGUCCUUCGGAUACUUACAAAAUCUAUAAACAAGGUUCAAGUGUUCGAAUCGAUACAACAUUGGUGUCUUUUGAGGGAACAAAUUGGGUUCGUGGAAAUCAAUCAUUCAUUUUCCGAAUAAAUGCAGAAGGUUUUGCCGAAUUUGUUGUAUUGGAUCAUGAUGCAAAAUCAGCAGCUGUACAAUCAUUGAGAGAUGAUGAGCCUUUCGAAGAUUUCAAAGUUUCACCAGAUUCGAUUGCACUUCGAAUGUCAACCCCGAUUUCAACAACUUAUAUUGAUGUUGAUCAAAUUGGAUUCGAACGAACAAGUCGAGGAUUUUUAUCUUGGUUUAGUGGAAGUGAAACAACAGAAACUAUUGAUGAUUAUGACUGUCGAGUGAGUUUUUUUUUCAAAAAUUUUCAAUUUUGGUUAUCAAAAUACAUACAUUUCUAGGUUCUUGCCGCUUCAAAUGUUCAACUGGUAACCAAAAAACGUCUAGAACAUCUCAGCCAAGAAGAUCGUGCAAGAUUAGCACAAGAAGAGGCGAAUUCCUCAAAAGCCCUGUCAAAUAUCAUGAAAAUGUUGCAAACUGAAAAAAGCGAUGAGAGAACAAAUAAGAAUAUCGCAGGCGAAUUAACAGCUGUUGAAUAUCUCGAUCCGACAUUCAUUUUUGAUAGCGGAUCAGAUAUCGGAAGACCUCGAGAAGUUACCAAAAAAUCGAAUUCGUUCAAAGCAACACUAUGGAUGGCUGAUGGAUUUCCGCUAAGUCUUCAAGAACAAAUUGUACCGAUAAUUGAAUUAAUGGCUGUGAAUAGUUCACAUUUUGCUCGACUUCACAAUUUCAUUAGACUACAAUUACCAGCCGGGUUUCCUGUGAAGAUUGAAAUUCCACUUUUCCAUGUGCUAAGUGCUCGAAUUGGUUUCAAAAAUGUUAACGAACCUGGGAAAUAUGUGACACCUAUUGGAAAUUCUGAUGAAAUUAUGAUAGAUCAAGAAUGUUUCAAUGUUCCCUCAACAUAUUUUAUUGUUUCAACAGAUGAUUCAACUUUCAGUAUAACUUGGGAAGAUGUAAAUGAUCCAAGUAAUGCCAGAUUUCAUCCUUCAAAUCGAUGUAAGCUUGAAUUUUUUUUCCAAUAAAAAAUAUCUGUUCAGACAUGCCUUCUGAUGAAAUGCUUCUUCAAAUGGCAAUCGAGCAAAGCCUCCAAGAAUCCGGAAAUUCUUCCGAAAAUGCUGCAAUCAGUGAUGAGCAACUCGCCAGAGCUCUUCAAAUGCAAUUCGAUUCAGCUGCUCAACCACCAAGUUAUCAACCACCGGCUGACACUGAAUACCUUCGAGCUCUCCGCGCUUCUCAAGCUGAAGAAGAGCAACGUCGUCGAGAUGAAGCUGCGUAUGAAGAUGAAUUGAUGAAAGUUUUGGAGCUUAGCAAACUUGAUAAAUAA